AAACUGGCCUGGCUCUCAAUACAGGAAACCGCUCAUCGCCCCCACCUCUUCUCGUCCAUUGUUGAGUUGGGACAUCGAAACUGAAUUGACCGAAACUCUUCAGAGGAUUUGUACUCGACCAAAAAGUGUGUGCUGUUGGUUUUUUGGCUACUUUUAAACUCGGUUACUUCUUGUAAAACGAGAAGCGAGGACGCGGAGCGAAGCAGGGGAAUAAAGAAAGGGAGGAAAAGUUUGAGGCCAGGGAGGAAUUCUCGCAUUCCCACUCCACCAUUUUGAACUUUUAAACUCGUCCUCCAGUGGGUUGUUUGGGCAUCUGUGAGAAAAUGUCUACUAUUGACACUGCCAACAUCAAAUUUAAAUGGGACCCAAAGAGCCUAGAGAUCCGUACUCUGGCCGUGGAGAGGCUGUUGGAGCCACUUGUGACCCAGGUGACCACGCUUGUGAACUCCAGCAACAAAGGUCCCUCCAACAAGAAGAAGGGGCGCUCCAAGAAGGCCCAUGUGCUGGCAGCCUCGGUGGAGACGGCUACCCUCAAUUUCCUGGAGAAGGGAGAGAAAAUCGCCAAGGAAAGCCAGUUCCUCAAGGAAGAGCUGACGGCGGCUGUAGAGGAUGUCCGCAAGCAAGGGGAGUCGAUGAAGUUGGCCUCUGGGGAGUUCGCUGAGGACCCCUGCUCUUCAAUGAAGAGGGGCAACAUGGUCCGUGCCGCACGGGCCCUCCUCUCAGCCGUCACUCACCUGCUGGUGCUGGCCGACAUGUCUGACGUCUACAAACUGCUAAUGCAACUCAAGCUGGUUGAGGAGAACCUGAUGAAGGUGCGUAAUGCCGGAACCGAGCAGGACCUGGGAAUCCAGUACAAGGCCCUGAAACCGGAGGUGGACAAGCUCAACAUCAUGGCUGCCAAGAGACAGCAGGAGCUAAAGGACGUUCAUCAUAAGGACCAAAUGGCGGCUGCCCGCGGCGUGCUGCAGAGGAACAUCCCCAUGCUGUACACGGCGUCCCGCGCAUGCCUGCAGCACCCUGACGUGGCGGCCUACAAGGCCAACCGUGACCUCAUCUACAAGCAGCUGCAGUCGGCGGUGUCCGGCAUCUCCAACGCGGCCCAGGCCACGGCCACUGAGGACUCUGCCCUCCACCCAGCGGGGGGAGGAGAGCUCGCCUACGCCCUCAACAACUUUGACAAACAAAUCAUCGUGGACCCCCUGGCCUUCAGCGAGGAACGCUUCCGCCCCUCCCUGGAGGAACGUCUGGAGAGCAUAAUCAGUGGGGCCGCUCUCAUGGCCGACUCCUCAUGCACGCGCGAUGACCGCAGGGAGCGCAUCGUGGCAGAGUGCAACUCGGUCCGCCAAGCUCUCCAGGACCUUCUGUCCGAAUAUAUGGGCAAUGCGGGCAGGAAAGACAGGAGUGAUGCCCUGAACACCGCCAUCGACAGGAUGACCAAGAAGACCAGGGACCUGCGUCGCCAGCUGCGUAAAGCUGUCAUGGACCAUGUCUCUGACUCCUUCCUGGAGACCAACGUUCCUCUGCUGGUCCUGAUCGAGGCAGCCAAGAAUGGCAAUGAGAAGGAGGUCAAGGAGUACGCACAGGUCUUCCGCGAACAUGCCAACAAGCUGAUUGAGGUGGCCAACCUGGCGUGUUCCAUCUCCAACAACGAGGAAGGAGUGAAGCUGGUCCGUAUGGCCGCCUCCCAGCUGGAGGUGCUGUGCCCCCAGGUGAUUAAUGCGGCCUUGGCUCUGGCUGCCAAGCCCAACAGUAAAGUUGCCCAGGACAACAUGGACUUGUUCAAGGAGCAGUGGGAGAAGCAGGUCCGCAUCCUCACUGACGCCGUGGACGACAUCACGUCCAUUGAUGACUUCCUCUGUGUGUCUGAGAACCACAUCCUGGAGGAUGUGAACAAGUGCGUCAUCGCUCUGCAAGAGAAGGACGUGGACGGUUUGGACCGUACCGCCGGCGCCAUCCGUGGCCGCGCCGCCAGGGUGGUCCACGUGGUCACCUCUGAGAUGGACAACUAUGAGCCCGGAGUCUACACCGAGAAGGUCCUGGAAGCCACCAAGCUGCUGACUAACACCGUUAUGCCCCGGUUCACUGAGCAGGUGGAGGCUGCGGUGGAGGCCCUGAGUGCCAACCCCACCAUGCCUGUGGACGAGAACGAGUUCAUUGACGCCUCUCGCCUGGUGUACGAUGGUGUCCGGGAUAUCCGCAAGGCUGUCCUCAUGAUCAGGACCCCUGAGGAGUUGGACGACUCAGACUUUGAAACAGAGGACUUUGAUGUGCGCAGCAGGACCAGCGUGCAGACUGAGGAUGACCAGCUUAUUGCUGGCCAAAGUGCCAGGGCUAUCAUGGCCCAGCUUCCCAUGGAGCAGAAGGCAAAGAUUGCAGAACAGGUGGCCAGCUUCCAGGAGGAGAAGAGCAAGCUGGACGCCGAGGUGUCCAAGUGGGACGACAGUGGCAAUGACAUCAUCGUGUUGGCCAAGCAGAUGUGCAUGAUCAUGAUGGAGAUGACGGACUUCACCAGGGGGAAGGGGCCACUGAAGAACACAUCUGAUGUCAUCAGUGCUGCGAAGAAAAUUGCAGAGGCCGGAUCAAGAAUGGACAAGCUGGGUCGCACCAUCGCCGAUAAUUGCCCGGACUCCACUUGCAAGCAGGAUCUGCUGGCCUACUUGCAGCGUAUCGCCCUCUACUGCCACCAGCUCAACAUCUGCAGCAAGGUCAAGGCGGAGGUGCAGAACCUGGGCGGAGAGAUGGUCGUGUCCGGGGAGUUCCUGUACGUGCAGGUGGACAGCGCCAUGUCCCUGAUCCAGGCGGCCAAGAACCUGAUGAACACGGUGGUGUCCACCGUCAAGGCCUCCUACGUGGCCUCCACCAAGUACCAGAAGAGCCAGGCCAUGCAGUCCCUCAACAUGCCCGCCAUCUCCUGGAGGAUGAAGGCCCCCGAGAAGAAGCCGCUGGUGAAGCGGGAGAAGCAGGAGGACCCCCACACCAACAAGGUCAAGCGCUCCUCCCAGAAGAAGCACAUCAACCCGGUGCAGGCCCUCAGCGAGUUCAAGGCCAUGGACAGCAUCUAAGGGGGGGGGGCGGGCGGUGUCCCGGAGCAGGGCGAGAGAUUGGUAUUUUAUUAAUUCCUUUGUUGUGUUUCUAGCCCGCAGAAUCAAGAAUCAUUCUAUACUGUAGGCUUCCUGCAGCGUAUUCCUGUGUAUUGCAAGCUUGAGGGUGAGCGGCCCGCCGUUUGUCUUCGCAGUAGCGACCCUAACGGAGCCACACGAUGCUCCACGCUCGUUCUCACCGCGUCAAAUGAUUCCAAUGUUUUUGUCCCCCCCCCGCCCGUGUAUUUCAUGUUAGUUUUUGUCGUUUGUUCAUUUCUUUUGUUCAUUUCUUUCUGGGGAAAUACAAUUAGUGGAAAGGAAACUGGACGAAGGUGGCCCAUCCCUCUUGUGUGACCCCAACACCUUGUUAAUGUGGAAUAUAGGGAACCAUAGAUAGGAGCUUAAUUCCAAUACCUGUUUAUUUAGAGCUUGUGUAUUUUGUAUUUUAACCUAUUUUACAAUUAUAUGGAGGGGCCACUGUGGUGUUUAUUUUAAAUUUUUUAUUUCAUAGGGGCAAAACAUUGAUUUUGAUGUGUAGUGCGAAAAUUAACUAUGCAAAUGAUCCACUGCCUAACAGAAGCAUUAAAUGUGGCAAUUGCGGUGUGCUAAAACUAGUCCGGUCAAUGCUUUUGUCAUAGCUCAGAGAAACCAAAGUGACCAUUAUUCUAUUGUAUCUUUUAUACAAUAUUUGUCAUAUCCCUACAUGAUUUCUCAAACACUAAAUGUUUCCUCCGAUGCUUGACCUGUGACCUGCCUUCCUACGUGAUAAAUGUAUUUCCUUUCCUUUAAGAACCCAACACUGGGUUUCACGAGCUCCGUAAUAUAUUUUUUACAUUGUGCUUCGGUUAACCAAAGGUGAUGGAGAGCACUCUCCAGCCUUCUGUGUUGGUAGAUAAGCCUGACACACACACACACACACACACACACACACACACACACACACACACACACACACACACACACACCUCCAGUGCACACAUGGAGACAAGGUCUCGUUUCCAUCCCCAGCUACCUUGGGUCCACCAGUGCCCAGCGGGCAUAACAAGUAUGAACCAUGCAUCAACCCUCUCCACAGCAGCAUGCUCUUUUUUCGACCUGUCAACGAGUGUAAAUGCGUCCACAUUUUAGGAUCAAUAUUUUGUAUUUUUUUUUUGGGUCCAACAGGUGGGUGAGUGUUUCUUACGGCUCGUUCUCGCUCUGUCAGUUAAAGCACACCCUGAGCCUUAAAGACUUAAACGCUUAAACACUAAUAAAGAUGUUUUCCAGACUAAAACGUUUUUGAAAACUCCCACUAUUUUGGCUUGUUUUAAUCAAUCAAGUCUUUGAAGACACCUCCUGGGUCUCUGGGCUUUAAAAACGCAGAGGUAAACAUGUUAAGUGUUUUUUCCUUCAGUAGAAUCCCCGAACUCGGUGGUCCUUUUUUUUUCACACCACUUAUAUCCGAUCCUCUGAAAAACGUCACAUCGGUGAACAUCUCGGCCUAAAUAAAGUUAUAUUUCACACGUUUAACUUGUCUUAUAGCUGGGGCCGACUGGACGCAUAUGUAGUGGACGGUGUGGGGGUAUAUUUCAUAGCGUUGGCAUCAGGCAUUAGAAAAGCUGAUGUUUAAUAUCCUCCCAAGAUGGACUCUUGCCGUGAGGUGAAGAGUGUUCAUACUACUUUGCUGUGGAAAUCGUCUGCGCCGCGGCCUUCCCUGCCGCAGACUGUUUUGCAUAUCUAUGUACUGGCUUUAUUUCUAAAUAAACAAAUGAGAUGGA